CUCAUUUUCACAACAAAACACAGCUCAGCACAAUUCGCAAUCAGUCCAUCGUGCAAUUUCACGCAAAGAACAAGCCCAAUUUUUGCAAUUAAAGUUUAAACAUACAAUUAGACUCGAGGUCAAACCAGGUCGCAGGUCACAAGUACUACAAUGUCGUCCGAAUUUCUAUUAUCCAUUCCGCUUAAAACGAGUUGUGAAGUUGUACUGCUUGAAGCAUUGAAAGUACCUUUUAAAGAGGCGUCCUAUUCCGUCAAGGAUGCUGCACUUAUCGCCUCGAUGGAGGAAUUCCAAAAGUUUCGGAAUCAAGUAGUGAAUAAAAGUCUGCCAAAAAAUGCAGCCUCGUUGGAAUUGUUAUACAGAUACCAUGAUCAAUUGGUUUCACUUGGAGCUCGCCUCCCCAAUAUGGCACAUAAACCUCCGAAUAUUACAAUCUAUUGGGAUGAUGCAUGUGAUAAAGGGGGGCUUUUUGGAGGAAAGGCAAACAUUACGACAUCAUCCUUCGAACUGGAACGACUUUGUAUAAUAUUUAACAUCGCAGCCCUUCAAACAACUUUGGCCGCAGAAUCGAGAGCCGCCGAUACGGACGAGGAACUUAAAAAUGCAGCCAAGUUUUAUCAGAGCGCAGCCUCCAUAAUGAAUUUUCUCUCCGAAUGCAAGAAUCCCGUCCUGGAAGGCGUAACUCUUACCCAAGAUCUUAAACCGGAAGUCCUGUCAGCCCUCUCCGCCCUCAUGUUGGCCCAAGCGCAAGAGGUUUUCAUCGACAAAGCAAUUAAGGACAAGAUGAAGGAAACGAUCAUUGCAAAAUUGUGCGUUCAGGCGGAAGACAUGUUUUCUGAUGCAGCCUCUAAAUUGAGCAAAGAUACGAUUAAACACUUAUGGGAUCGGGCGUGGUUAAAUAAUGUCGCUGCCAAGAAACUCGGCUACGUCGCCCUCAGUCAUUAUUUCCAGUCCACGGUUUGCGCGUCGAAAAAACAGUAUGGCGAGCAACUUGCCCGACUCGAUCUAUUUUUGCGGGGGGUGAAAAAGGCACAAGAGAAAAUGGGGUCCUCUACCUACCUGGCCGUCCACGUGGCGGAUGCCGAACUCAAGUAUAAGGACGCCAAGAAAGAUAAUGACUUUAUUUACAAUGAAGUCAUCCCCAAGGAGGAUGACCUUGCCCCCAUUGACAAAGUGGGGAGUGCGAGACUAUCCAAGUUGGGGACCGUUCCGGAAGCGUUUUCGUCACAUUUUGUCGACAUAUUUAUCAACGCGGUGCAAAAGGGUGGAUCUCACGGGGGUGACGGGCCAACGCUGAAAUCUAUAAUUAAUACCGCUGCCGGAUCUUUGGGCCAGUAUUUGGUCAAUAUGGCGAGCAAAGAUAAAAAAUGAAUGAAUGAAUGAGUUGAUUAUAUGAUAUUUAAUGUUAAUUGUGGCCUUCACAAUCCUAAAUAAUUGUACCUGCUAUUGAAAUAUUAUUGCCUUCACAUUUAAUAAGCUACAUAUAAAAUGUAUACGUAUUUACUUAUGUAUCGCAAUAUGUCCAGAAAUAUGUUUUGUUUGUUUUACUGAACUUUAAUUAUGCAUGCCAUAAAUGAUUAGAAAAUGGCAAAUAUUUCUAAAUAAAUAAUCAGUUCACUAGUA